AUGAAUAAAUUCGACGAGUUUAUAGAGACUAAUGAGUUGGAUUUGAAGGUGGAUACCAGUACCCGAAAUAGUAUAGUUUCGAUAUCACCUGUGGUGAGGACUCAAUCAAAGUUUCGUUCUUCUAGUUCAAAUAGCUAUAGAUCUGGACACCGCCGUACGUCCAGUGCAGAGAGCACACAUUCACAAAGGUUAAUGACACCAACUAGAUUAAAUGAACAAGAUCAUCCCCUGCAAAUCAAGCCAGAAACUAGAAGAGUGGUAACUCGUCAUUCUUCUGUCUCCGUUCCAAAUGCAAUGAGUAAGAGAAGAUCACUUAUCCAACCCAUGGUUAUUCCUACUACACCAGAAUCACAAAACAACAUAUCUUUUGGAAAUUCAAUAAGUUAUUCUGACGGAUCCCAUGGAAUUCCGUUAGAAUCCACUACAGUACUUUCCAGUGAGCAAGCGAUGACGGGUGGACUUCGACGGUCUAGAAAUGGGAGUUCACAAUCGGUGAAUAGUAUAGUAGCGACUACCAUACCCACGAACGGUGCCGAUGUAAGUGCACUUUUACAAGCGCUCGCUGCAAAAGAAUUAGAACUUCUUGAAUGCAAGCAAAAGAUUGAAGAUUUGAAAAAGCAAACCCAACAUGAAGAACAAAAAUAUAAUCGUCGUGCACGCGAACUGCAAGAGCUGAAGGAGCAAGUGAGUAAACAUCUGGAUCCUUCUCUGAACACACCAGUGAAAAGUCGCGCUCUUUCACCAAUUUUUCAGAGUAUACCCAUGGAAUCAGGAAAUGAAAAUGCCAUUGAUAGCAAUCUUUCUAGUUCUGUAAGGACAAGAAAGAAUACGAAUCAGUCCAGAUGUGUAUCACCGCAGGAUAAACAUGAAACACGCCAACAAAACGACUCCGUAGAUUCAUCCAAACAGUCACUUUGGAGUAAACCGUUGGCUUUAUUUAAUCAAUUUGAUAAAAUCAUUCAACAUGAAAUUGAGAGGACUCUGAACUGGGACGACUCUCCUUCAGCAACACCACAACCACAACAUGUAGUAACCACUAGUAAUGGCGAGCCGUCAACACGACAACAUGAUGAUGAAACAUUAGGAGCUGGCCUGUCGUCUCCCUCACAAGGAUCUGUCUCUAGAUCACUUUGGAGUUUUGUCAGCGAUGUCAAGGCCGGACUGCUGGGCAUAGAAGAAGAAAAUGAUAGUGAUAUUACUAAUGAUAAUAGAUGUGAUUCCCUAUAUAAAAGCGAUAGAGAGUAUAAACAGAAAGGAAAUGUACCUAUAAUAAAGAACCAUGAACAAGCUGGAGACAGUGGCGACGAUGCAAGUUUAGACAUGAAAAAAUUCAAAACGACAACAAAGUUUCAGAAAGCGAAUGCAGAUGAUAGAAUUCUCACUAGUGAAGAUGGACAUCGAGCACGAGGAGAGAAAAUUGUACCGAGCAGCAACAAACUUAACUUUAUUGGCGAUUACUGCCCUUACGAAUCUGAUAAAGGAAGUUCCUCCGUCCAAAAUCCAGUUGAAAUGGCAAAUUUUUAG